AUGGAUAAAUCUUGGAUGCAUAUUCAAGAUAGAUUGCUGAGCCAUGAGUAUGCCGAUGGAGUUAAUCAUUUUUUAUCCAUGGCUCAAUCCAAUGCGCCUGCCAGUGAUGCAAUUCGAUGUCCUUGCCGGAUAUGUCGUAAUAAUUUUUUCCAACCAUUUGAUGUUGUGAGGGAUCAUUUGUUCUUGCGAGGGAUUGAUAUAAGUUAUACUCAAUGGAUCUUUCAUGGAGAACAGGAUCCUUUUCAUGCCAACCGGUCUGAAGAUGAGGACUAUGGAGAUGAUUUUGGUGAGUACAUUGAUGAUGUUGAUGAGAUGUUAGAUGACAUCCGGGUGGGAUCCUUCAUGGAUAGUCCUCACGGUUUAAAUGCUGGUGGCAUUGACGAUGCUAAUGCAGAACCCAACGUUGGGACUUCAAGACACCAUACUUUUGAACAGUAUGUAGAGGAUGCACGACGUCCACUCUAUCCAUCGUGCACAAACUACUCAAAGCUAUCAUUUAUGGUGAAGUUGCUUCACAUUAAGAGUAUUGGUGGUUGGAAUGUGAAGUCAUUUAACAUGGUGCUGAAGCUAUUGAAAUCUGCCUUCCCGACUGCUCUCUUGCCUGAAGACUAUAAUGAGGCACGUCAGCUAGAGCGUGGGUUGGGAUUUAGUUACACCAAAAUCCACGUAUGCCCAAAUGACUGUAUCUUGUUCUGGAAAGAAUACGAGGACAAAGAUAAGUGUCCUAAAUGCAAGUCUUCUAGGUGGGUCUCAAUGACAAGUAAACACCGGGUACCUCAGAAAGUGAUGCGUUAUUUUCCAUUGAAGCCUAGGUUGCAACGCCUUUAUAUGUCGAAAAAGACAGCACAAGGGAUGCGAUGGCAUAAAGAGGGUCGUAUUGAUGAUUCGAGCUGUAUGAGGCAUCCAGCUGAUUCCAAAGUUUGA